AUGGGGCUAUUCGGAAAGAAAGACACCCCUAGCAGUCCUGCUGACGAUGUCGACGCCAUUGUCGAGGCUCCGGGCAACGAUCCGGAGAAGCAGCAGCCCAUGCACGACGAGGAAUCCCACACCGCACUUCCGCAGAUGCCUCAAUCCACAAUGCCUAUAGAUCCUGCAAUGGAAGCUCGAGUGCUGAGGAAGUUGGAUCUUCGAGUGCCGACCCUGUUAGGAUUUCUAUAUCUCUUAUCGCUGCUCGAUAGGAGCAAUAUUGGAAAUGCGAAAAUCGCAGGAAUGGAGGAAGAUCUUCACCUCACAGGAAACCGAUACUCAUGGCUCUUGACCAUCUUCUAUAUAUCGUACACUCUGUUCGAAUUUCUGGCGUUGAUGUGGAAGAUCAUGCCCCCACACAGAUGGGCGGCUAUUACCGUGUUGAGUUGGGGCAUUGUGGCGACCUGUCAGGCUGCAGUGCAGAACUGGGGCGGGUUGAUGGCUCUGCGAUUUCUGCUGGGCAUGUCGGAAGCCGCCUUUGGUCCAGGAAGUCCGUACCUGCUAUCGUUCUUUUAUCGCCGUCAUGAGCUCGGACUCCGUUGUGGCAUGUUCUUGUCCGCAGCUCCCCUGGCGAAUACUUUUGCAGGCGCUCUCGCUUACGGUAUCACCUCCGGACAUGCCAAGCUAGCAAACUGGCGAUUGCUGUUCCUGGUAGAAGGGAGCCCGUCACUCUUGGCCGCCGUUCUGGCUUGGUUCUAUCUGCCAGAUCACCCGUCAUCCGCCCGUUUCCUGACCGAAGAGGAGAAGGAGGUUGCGCGAGCCAGAUCUCUUCGACGGAGUGGUGAGAGCGAGCGGGUGACUGGGAUCGACUGGAAAGAAUUGGGCCAUACUUUGCUGGAUGCGAAGGCAUGGAUCCUGGCGUUCAUGUAUUUCAGCUGCAACGUGAGCUUCUCGUCGUUGCCUGUCUUUCUGCCCACGAUCUUGGAGGAUAUGGGAUUCACUUCGAUCAACGCCCAGGGCCUCACGGCGCCACCGUUCUUUGCGUCCUUCCUCGUGACGAUCGCCACGACCUGGAUUGCCGAUCGGAUCCAACAGCGAGGCUUGGUGAUUGCGUGUGCUUCUUUGGUCGGCGCUGUCGGCUAUGUCUUGCUUGCGGUCUGUGACUCUGUCGGUGUUCGCUACCUUGGCGUGUUUCUCGCCGCUAUCGGGGUGUUCCCGUCUAUUGCUAAUAUUCUUCCCUGGGCUCUAAACAACCAAGGCUCGGACAGCCGACGAGGCAUGGGAAUCGUCAUUCUCAACGUCAUCGGCCAGUGCGGGCCCUUCCUGGGAACCAAUGUGUUUCCCUCCGGUGAUUCGCCUCGCUUUACCCGGGGUCUGUCGAUCUGCGCAGCGUUCAUGUUUUUCAACACGAUUCUCGCACUGUCUCUGCGAGUACUUUUGGCAUGGGAGAAUCGCCGUCUCGAUAAGCGGUAUGGUGCAGCGGCGGGAUGGACAGCUGGGAGCAAGGAUGAUGCCGCCGUGGGGGAGGAGAAUUAUGGGGCAGGAUUUCGAUAUGUGUUAUAGUGUUCAGUUCUAGCGUGAUUGCUUUC